AUGCGAAUAGGUAAUUUAUUGCCUGACUACAACAGUAUCAAAGGUCAGGAUCUCCGUGAAGAAGCAUUAGCUGCUAUAGAGAUGGUAGCGGAUCGUCUAGAGGAUCACUUCGGCUGGACGGAACACACCCGAGUACCUGCAGGCCAGCCUCGCCUGGGACCCGCCCCGUUUUUCAAUUUUGAAGUGCAUGUGAGUUUAAUCUUGUUUUAAGC